AAACCUAACUUUCCAUUUAUUUUUUGUAUUCGACAUAUAGAUCGUAGUUCUUAUUGAGCAAUCAGUGUUUUAGCAAUAUGUUACGUAUGUUCUAAUAAGUUUGUAAGAAAUACGAAAUCCAGUAUAGUUGAUUGAUAAUACUGAUACAUCUUAGAUAUCUCGAAUCCUAUAUGAAAUUAGUUAUUGUUUUUGCUUUAAAAAAAUUAAAAAAUUAAAUAUCCAUUAGAUGUUAGUGUGAUCCCUAAGCUACUUUAUGUUAUUCACAAAAACUUAUGUCGAACCCAUGAAGCGAGUCAAGCUGCGUCGUGUUUCAGACAACUACUCAAAUUCCACAAUUCCGAUUUCUUUUAUUUUUAUACUAUAUUGGGUAAUUCAAACCGAAUAUGGUAAUGAUAAAUUGAGAGAUCAAAGCUCAAAUAAUCUGAAUAAUCGUGAUUUUCAAAUUGAAAUGGUACUGUAAUUCUAUAUAUGGAUGGGAUGGGAUGUUUACUCAUGUCCUAUUUUAUGAUGCCACAUUCAUUUUAAUUUACUCAAUUGUCAUUUUAUUGCGAGCCAAAUAUAUAAUCCCAUGUUUCUAAUCCAAUAAAACCGAAUAGCUCUAACUAAUAAAGAGCCGCUUAUUAAUGCAAAAGUUUUUAAUGCUUAAUCGAUCAGGCAAAGGAAGAAAGAAAUUCGGAAAUUCAAGCAGACCUUUUGAGAAAUCGAAAACCAACAAAUUGCAGAGGGGUUGAGAUAAGCAGCAGCAGCAGCAUGGAUGUGGAAGCUACACCGGAUGGUGGUAAUGGAUUGAUGGAAGCAUCAGUAGCAGGGGACUUUGCGACAUGUGAAGCCGAGAGAAACGCAGAACCUUAUGUUGGUAUGGUGUUUGAAACAGAAGCUGCUGCUAGAGCAUACUACAAUGAAUAUGCUGGCCGGGCAGGUUUUUUGACCCGCAUUAUAUCAUCCCGUAAAUCAGAGCGUGACGGUUCAAUCGUGUCACGUGGGCUUGGUUGUAGAAACAUUCCUAAUAUCCAAAAGUCAGGUAAUAUCUCAAAUGAAGGGGGACAAAAACGAAGGGAUGGUUGUACUGCAAUACUCUUAGUAAAACGAGAGAAUGGAGGGAGGUGGGUUGUCAGGAAAUUUGUGCGAGACCACAAUCAUUCUUUGGUAGCUUCAUUGCCUAAGAGACGCCCUACUUUUGAUGAGAAAGACAAAAGGAUUCAGGAGUUAACUGCUGAACUCCGGGUAAAGAAACGUCUAAGUGCAGCAUAUAGGGAGCAGCUACUUAUUCUCAUGAAAGAUGUUGAAAAUCAUACUGAUCAUCUAACAUCGAAAGUUCAAAUGACCCGUAAUAAUCUAAAGGAACUUGAAGCGAGAAGGCAGCAGCUUUCAAACCACAACAAACCAAGUUUGUAGGAUGCAGGAAAAGCAGUGGCAAGCCAGCCUCUGUAGACGCUUACAGUUAACCUGAAGGAAGAAACUGUUGAAGCUGCCGAGCAAUCAAAAGGCAUCUUGAGUUGAGGUUGCGAUAAAUAUAUAAUUGUCGAAGUCCAGAUUGUUUGGUGUGAUCUUCAUUCAUUGGUAGAAAACCUAUCAUUUCAACUGAGAAUUGAUCAAAUUUCUUCAUACUUAUAAGAAGUACUAUACAAAUCUUGAAGAUUGUUUUCUAUGAUAUACAAAUAUAUAUAGUGGGUUGUUUGUGUGCUCUCCUAAGACCCAUGCUUGGUGAGGAGGAGAUCAAUGUGAAAUGAUUUAUGGAUGAACUGCUAUGCCCCAUAGCUCUAUGGGGAGGUUGCGCCUCAAUGUAUCUCAAACCUUCCUCGUCAUUUAGGUAACAUUCAACGAAUUUCACUCUCUUUUAUGACGAGCAUCAUUUGUGACCAUUAUUAUACAUUUGCUCACCUUCAGAUAGCUGUUAUUCAUGAGAAAUGAAGUCUGUAGUUGCUCAUCUCCCAUGGUGUAUAUAUACAUAUAUCUACAUAUUUCUGGAACUACACUUGAUGUUAUAUGGUUGAUAAAGCUGGAAAUAUGUAGAUAUUAUUUGUUCAAGAGUU